UAGUUGAAAUUUUUCAAGUUUGAAUUUGAACAAUAAUUUUUCGAGUUGAGAAUUUUAAAAUUUCAGUUUCUGAAAAUAUUCGAUGAAGCCUCUCCAUGUUGACCUUGAAUUUUCGUGUACGAUAUUAAGGAAGGUUUAAGGUACUCGUAAAUUUUGAACAUUGAAGUGCACGAAAUAAUUGAGAAAAAUGCAGUGAAAUAUAUUUUAUGUGGGAGGGGGGCAUUGGAGUUACAAUUGAAUUGACUGAGUAAUUUGAUAGAAAUAAGAGAUUGAAUGAAAAAAAUACGAGAAUCAAAUGAACCAACGUUACACUAUACGUAACAAAGUAACGUACUUGAUAAUGAACGUAUAACAGUGUAUGGAAGUUUGAAGAGAUGAAAUGUAACUGAUGUUAUCAGCUAAGCUGCAAAAUGAUGUGUGAGUGUGAUCAUGUAACUAUAAUAUUUCGAUAUAUUUGAAUAUUUUUGACAGUUAAACAGGUACAAUUCUGAAAAUAAUUUCAAAUUUUUAAAGGGUCUCGAUAAAAUAAUGCAACUAAAGUUACUUCGUAAAAAAUAACAUUCAGCCAAUAGGAGUGCAGGGAAUUCGUUUUCAUGAUUCUACUUCAUUUCUACGAAAAAUACUAGAUACCAUAACUCGUUCGACAUUAUGUAUUGAAUGUAAUUGAUCUAUUUUGCAACCAUAACGCAAAAUUCAUGAAAAAUGAUAGAAUUUAGAUCAAAAAUAUAAAAAAAUCUUGUAAAAUCGAACAUCUCGAGUAUUCAAAUUGAAAACAGCAUUAUUCCGUCGAGUAUAUAGCAACACUAACGCAGUUUCUCGAAAAAUCGAAAUCGGCCAAUAGAAACGCUCAGUUUGUGUACUCUCAUCUUAUUGGCUAAUUCGACCGUGAGUACGAUAUAUAAAUAACAGAAGAUCGACUAACGUAUCAUUACUUAUUUUUCGUUCGUUGAAGUACGCUGAAUUAGUGUUUAUUGUAUUGCAAUGGCUCCUCCGAAAAGUGUUGGUAAAGCUGUGAAGAAGGCCGGUAAGGCACAGAAGAACAUCAAGAAGGACGACAGUAAGAAGAAGCAUAAGAAAAGGAAAGAAUCUUACGCUAUCUACAUUUACAAAGUCCUGAAGCAAGUUCAUCCCGACACCGGUGUUAGUUCAAAGGCGAUGAGCAUCAUGAACUCCUUCGUCAACGAUAUUUUCGAAAGAAUCGCCGCCGAGUCCAGUCGUUUGGCCCACUACAACAAGCGGUCGACGAUUACCAGUCGGGAAGUCCAAACUGCCGUUCGUCUUUUGUUACCCGGUGAAUUGGCUAAACACGCCGUUUCCGAAGGUACGAAAGCCGUCACCAAAUACACCAGCUCGAAGUAAAUUCAACGAUGUUGUUUCAAAACGGCCCUUUUCAG